AUGGGCCGUCGGCUCAUCCGUGGUCUUUCUGGAGCCGCAGUCUUUCUUGUCAGCAUGGCUCUUCUCUCCGUGAGGCACCGUGGGGCUCGGGAAACAGCUCGAUACCCAGGGCUCAGGGAGGGGAUGUUGGAGAAGCCAGAGCAACGGAGCAAGGUGAGCCCAGAGGGAGGCAGCGGCAGUGGGCAGAAAGACCUGCAAGUCCAUUCUCCCCAGGGAUACAGGGCUGAGAGAAGCCUGACGCUUGGGGACAUUUUCAUAGCUGUGAAGACAACCAAAAGAUUUCACCAGAGCAGGAUGGAGCUGCUCCUGGACACGUGGAUAUCCCGGGCCAGAGAGCAGACCUAUGUCUUCACCGAUGAAGAAGACGGUGCCCUGAAAAGGAGAAUGGGUGACCAUGCCAUCUUCACCAACUGCUCUGCCGAGCACAGCCACCUGGCCCUCUCCUGCAAGAUGGCUGCCGAGUUCGAUGCCUUCCUGGCCAGCGACCGGAGCUGGUUUUGCCAUUUGGAUGAUGACAACUACCUGAACCCUCGGGCCCUCCUGAAGCUCUUGUCCUCCUACUCUGUGACCUGGGAUGUUUACCUGGGGAAACCCAGCCUGAACCGACCCAUCCGGGCCUCCGAAACUCUGCCAAACAACCAGACGAAAUCUGUACGCUUCUGGUUUGCCACAGGAGGGGCUGGGUUCUGCAUCAGCCGCAAGCUGGCAUGCAAGAUGGUGCCGUGGGCCAGUGGCAGGAACUUCCUGACCACUUCAGAGCUCAUCCGUCUGCCGGACGACUGCACCGUGGGUUACAUCAUUGAGUGCAAAGUCGGUGGGCAGCUGGUGCCCAAUGCGCUCUUCCACUCCCACCUGGAGAACCUGCAGCUCAUCCCCUCCUCUCGGCUUACGCAGCAGGUCACCCUUAGCUAUGGUGUCUUUGAGAACAAGCUCAAUGUUAUUGAACUCAGCGGCCCCUUCUCACCCCAGGAGGAUCCCUCAAGGUUUCGAUCACUCCAUUGCCAUCUCUAUCCCGACACCUCCUGGUGCCUGCAGGCUGUUGGCUGGUGAUGCCUGAGCCUCGGCUACAGUGGGUCCUGGUGACAUCCAUUCACCUUGUGCAUGUAGGGGACACUGAAGAAGCCUGAUGCUCCCAGUUUCCCCUUUUCUAUGGUGGUCCUGGGGCUGCGUGAUGGCUUUUUUUAGUCUUCGCUGAAUACCAGUGACACAGGACAAGAGACCAGAUCUGUCCCAAAGAUGGAUAACAUGGGCUGGACACAUGGAUGGCCUUCCCAUCUGUGCUGGGAUACGUGCAAGGGAUGGGAGCAGUAUGCCUUCCUGAGCAGAUCACUGGGUAGUGACUGCUGGGCAUCUGGGUAGAGAUGGG